AUGCACCGAGCUCCAAUGGCGUUGAAACAUCAGAACAAAAGCCUGAUGUUGCUUCGUGCACAGAUUCUGCAAGAUAUGCGGCCUUCCGAAAGUGUGAUCAUGUGUAUUUGGUACAUCGCCAAUCAAGCAUUCUACUCGGACGACCUUGAGACGAAUAUAUCGCAUCAUGAACAAGCCGUGUCUAGAUUCGUGAACGAACUGGGUGGUAUUAAGUCCUGA